GCAAGUUGCUCAAUAAAAAAAUAAACAAAAUUUUGGAGACAAAAUCCAAAAAUCGCUCAUUAAACCUCGAAAUUGCCUUUCAAAUGAGUAAAAAUCACAACUAAAAGUGCCGAGAGAUGAAAAUAAACGAAAAGAACUUGAGUUACUUCGCGACAACGGAACCUUUUGACAAAUGCGGAAUGCUAAAUAAACGCGGAGAACUGAACAAAGGAUGGCAAAAACGAUGGUUCAUUUUGAAAGGAAACUUGUUAUUUUACUUUGAGAAACGCUACGAUAAGGAGCCCGUCGGCAUGAUAAUUCUCGAAGGAUGCACCGUAGAAAUGGCUGAAGCGGAAUCCGGAAGUGACCAAUAUUGCUUCAAAAUUAUCUUUCAUGGUCCGCAUAAUCGCACGUACGUCAUGAGUGCUGAGUCACAGGAGAUUAUGGAAAGUUGGAUGAAGGCACUUACAUGCGCAUCAUAUGACUACAUGAAACUGAUGGUUGCCGAGCUACAACGACAACUGAAGGAACUUGAAGAAGCGAAAACUGAAGGCUCGAACGACGCAAAUUCACAAAAUAAUGCACCGAUUGCUCCGCCGAGAAGAGUUGCGCCGCCAAAGCCACAAAAUGUGCAGAGUGCAAAAGUUGUUCCGGAAGCUGCUCCUUUAGGGGGAAUUGGUGAAAAUAAGGAUCCGAAUUUACUGUCGACUUUUCAACGAAUUCACGAAAUGAUUGGCGCCCCAAUAAUUAAAGAAAUCGAAGAAUAUCGCAAACUGAAUCCGAGUAAGAGAAGUGUCGUAUCGAGUACAGGGUCAAUGGCAUCUCCCGAUGGAGCACCUUUAAUCUCGUUUUAGAUAAAAAAAAAAAUUAAAAGACAGAAAAGACUUUUAAAAAUUAAUUAGAACUUAUGAUGUAGAGAUAAUUCUUGCCCAUGUGCUCAAUCAAAAAUUUUUUUUAUUUAUUUAUUCCUUCAAGGAACAUUUUUCAUUAAAUUAACUCGCAUUUCACGUAGAAUUAGUUUGUAAAACUAAAUAUUAAUUAAUUAAUUAAUGGUUAAAAGUAUCCAAACACAUUUUUACGUCCAUUUUUGUCGUGUAACACGUUAAAUUAAGUUUUGAAUUGUAACUAAAAAAAAGCAUUUUGUUUUGUUUAACAACAAAAAAAUCACUUAAAGUUGUACUUGAAUUAGAAUUUGUUCAUAAAUCAUCAUGUUUAUGUUAUAGAAUUAAGUCACGUGACCUUUUAUCAUGUAUUUUGUCU